AUGUACAUUGGAAGAUGUCUAAGUGGACUCCUAACGGCCCUCUCCCUCCUCCUUCUAUUAUAUUUCCCCUCUUCAGAGACAUUUAUUGAAUUGGACCGGUUUUGUGAAUUAGAGCAUAAGGAAAGUCUAAUAUGCUACCUUGAUUGCUUCGAAGCAAUUCUAGAUCUCCUGCCAAAAGGAACAGAUCUCGGCCGAAUAACGGGUCUUGUGGUAAGACAAACAAAUUUAGAUUGUAAUACAGAUGUAGCCGUUGACGUUUUCCAAAAUUUUACUAACCUUCAAGAGCUUCAUUUUACCGGAGUUUCGUGUCCUUUCUCCAAGCUUCCGUCGAUCACCAAAUUAGAUCAGCUAAUAAUUAUGGCCGCCCAGGAUAAUCAUAAGGAUGAGGAACAAAUAUCUUGGAAAGCCGAAAGACAAACCAUUCUACCGAAUAUGAAUAAAUUAGCAAUAAAAGAAUUGUGCUGUGAUCUAUUUCAAGGGAAUAUUUUGGCUCCAAUAUUAGAAGAUCUGUCUUUUCAAUGUGCUAGAGUACCAUCCUACAUUACAGGGUCGAGUGAAACUAAAAACGCGUUGUUCUUCACUGUUCCUCAUUUGCAAAAGUUGGAAUAUACCGAAAAUGGUUUAGGAUUUCCGAUAUCUAGUGCUUCUAAUCUGCCGCAUCUUAGGACCCUCUUUGUAACUCCAAAUGCAGAAUUAGAAGAAAGCUUCCUACCUGUUAAAACCCCACUAAAUUUGUCCGGUUUAAAGGAGAUAAUUCUUAUGGUUGAAGAUCUUGGUCCAUUUACUUCUGCAUCUCAUUUCUUUCAGUGUGUGGACUUAGGAAAUACAAAUCUAACGCAUAUUACACUUAUAAAUCCUUCUGUAGGCCCGCUGACUUGUCCUAGUCUUUGGAGAUGCGCUUCAUGUCAUCCGCAUACUUCUAAUGAUAAUCAGACAGUUGAAAUUUACGUUCAAUCUGCAUCUUUCACCAAACUCAGCUCCCUCUUGCCAAAAAUGACUCUGAAUACAACCGACCUUUCCUUGAAUCACUAUCCCCUUCUCCACAUAGAUGGUGAUGCAAUGGGUCGGUUCUCACAUCUCAGGAGCCUUCGGGUCGGAGAAACCUAUGGAGGAAGAAAACCCACAGGAAUGGUGAUUCUUCUAGACAACCCUUUCAAAUCCCUUCGUAGGCCAGAUAAAUUCCACUUUAUUCGGCUCUCCCUUGUGGAAUGCGGAUGCUUGGUGUACAACACUUUCUCCUGGUUGAAAGCCCAGAAUCCUUAUUUCGAUGGAAAGAUACAAUGCGCCGAGGUAUUACAGACACGUUCCUCUGAUGAGAGGAUUGAGUUGGGAAAGUGGAUAAAUGUCUCCGAUUUUCUGAGGAAGCUGCGACAAAGAUGCCAACCGAAUCAAAACCACAUCUCUACUAACUACCUCCCUACUGCAAAUAGGUUCGUUAUGAAAUCAACCAGUGAAGAACCCUCAGAUGGUGGUGAACUCAGAAAGUCCUCUCCCUUAAUUUGUGCCAUCUUAUUUUUAUUUUCUGCUAUUCUUGAACGAAUAAAUGUUUGA